GGUCAUUUGAAAAAAGACCAUGAUUUUGCCUUAUUUUAAUAUUUUCAAAAUUAUAUUUUUUAUAAUUUUGGGAAUUUCGAUAAAAGAUAAAAUCGUGAGGGGACAGACAAGUCAAAAUAUUAAUGUUUUAUUUAUCAACGAAUUAGACAACGAUCCAGCCACUAAAGCUAUAGAAACGGUACAAACGUAUUUAAAGAAAAACUCCAACUAUGGAUUGUCGGUGCAAAUCGAUAAAAUCGAAGCAAAUAAAACGGAUGCUAAAGCACUUUUGGAAUCGAUUUGCACCAAAUAUGCCCAAAGCAUUGAGAAUAAACAACCGCCACAUGUUGUAUUCGAUACUACAAAAUCAGGAAUAGCAUCGGAAACGGUUAAAUCAUUUACUCAAGCUCUCGGUUUGCCUACGGUAAGUGCCUCCUAUGGUCAAGAGGGUGAUUUAAGACAAUGGCGUGACAUGGAGGAAAGUAAACAAAAAUAUCUAUUACAAGUUAUGCCACCGGCUGAUAUAAUACCGGAAGUGGUAAGGAGUAUCGUGCGUAAAAUGAAUAUUACCAAUGCAGCCAUUUUAUAUGAUGAUACUUUUGUUAUGGACCACAAAUACAAGUCAUUAUUGCAAAAUAUACAAACUCGUCAUGUUAUAACGGCAGUGGCGGAAGGUGAAAGGGCACGAGCCGAUCAAAUUGAGAGAUUAAGAAAUUUAGAUAUUAAUAAUUUCUUUAUAUUGGGUAGUCUUAAAACGAUUGGUCAGGUGUUGGAAUCGGUUAAACCGGCCUUUUUCGAGCGUAAUUUUGCUUGGCAUGCUAUAACCCAAAAUGAGGGUGAAGUUUCGAGUAAACGUGAUAAUGCUACCAUUAUGUUUUUAAAACCGGUAGUUUAUCCUCAAAAUCGUGAACGUUUGGGUCUACUGCGUACCACCUACAAUUUAAAUGAGGAACCACAGAUUAUGUCGGUUUUCUAUUUCGAUUUGGCCUUGAGAACAUUUUUGGCAAUCAAAGAAAUGUUACAAUCAGGCGCCUGGACUGCAAAUAUGGAAUAUUUGGGCUGUGAUGAUUUUCAAGGUGGCAAUACACCGGAAAGAAAUAUUGAUUUAAAACAAUAUUUUAUACAAGUUCAAGAGCCCACUUCUUAUGGUGAUUUUGAAUUAGUUACUCAACCGGGUAAAACCUUUAAUGGUUACAGUUAUUCUAAAUUUGAAAUGGAUAUUAAUGUUAUACAAAUACGUGGUGGAAAUUCGGUUAAUAGUAAAUCAAUUGGUACUUGGACUGCUGGUUUAGAAUCUUCGCUGACCGUUAAAGAUGAAGAGGCUAUGAAAAAUCUUACGGCCGAUACGGUUUAUAGAAUUUUUACAGUGGUGCAAGCACCCUUCAUAAUGAGAGAUGAAACGGCUCCUAAAGGCUAUAAAGGUUAUUGCAUCGAUUUGAUAAAUGAAAUUGCCGAAAUUGUACAUUUCGAUUAUACAAUACAAGAAGUCGAGGAUGGUAAAUUCGGCAACAUGGACGAGAAGGGCGAAUGGAAUGGCAUUGUCAAGAAAUUAAUCGAUAAACAUGCUGACAUAGGUUUGGGUUCAAUGUCGGUAAUGGCCGAACGAGAAAUUGUUAUUGAUUUCACCGUACCCUACUACGAUUUGGUCGGCAUAACCAUAAUGAUGCAAAGACCCAGUACGCCCAGUUCAUUGUUUAAAUUUUUAACUGUGCUGGAAACAAAUGUAUGGUUGUGUAUAUUGGCUGCGUAUUUCUUUACCAGUUUUCUAAUGUGGGUAUUUGAUCGUUGGAGUCCCUAUAGUUAUCAGAAUAAUCGUGAGAAAUAUAAAGAUGACGAUGAGAAGAGAGAGUUUAAUUUAAAGGAAUGUUUGUGGUUUUGCAUGACUUCCUUAACACCGCAGGGAGGUGGAGAGGCUCCGAAAAAUCUAUCGGGUCGUUUGGUGGCAGCUACUUGGUGGUUAUUUGGUUUUAUUAUUAUUGCUUCUUAUACUGCCAACUUGGCUGCCUUCUUGACUGUUUCUCGUUUGGACACUCCCGUUGAAUCCUUAGACGAUUUGGCUAAACAGUAUAAGAUUUUAUAUGCUCCCCUUAAUGGCUCCUCGGCCAUGACAUAUUUUGAACGCAUGGCUAAUAUCGAACAAAUGUUUUAUGAAAUUUGGAAAGAUUUAUCUCUAAAUGAUUCUUUGACUCCUUUGGAAAGAUCGAAAUUGGCGGUAUGGGAUUAUCCUGUAAGUGAUAAGUACACCAAAAUGUGGCAAGCAAUGCAAGAGGCCCAAUUGCCCUCCACACUAGAUGAGGCAGUCGCUAGGGUACGUAACUCUACCACCGCUACCGGUUUUGCAUUUCUGGGCGAUGCCACUGAUAUACGUUAUUUGGUAAUGACAAAUUGUGAUCUACAAGUAGUGGGUGAAGAGUUUUCACGUAAACCUUACGCCAUAGCAGUACAACAGGGUUCUCAUCUCAAGGAUCAGUUUAAUAAUGCUAUAUUAACUUUACUCAACAAACGUCAAUUGGAAAAACUCAAAGAAAAAUGGUGGAAGAAUGACGAGGCUCAAGCGAAAUGCGACAAACCCGAAGAUCAAUCAGAUGGUAUUUCUAUUGAAAAUAUUGGUGGAGUAUUCAUAGUUAUCUUCGUUGGCAUUGGCAUGGCAUGUAUUACUUUGGUAUUCGAGUACUGGUGGUAUAAAUAUCGUAAAAAUCCCCGCAUAAUCGAUGUAGCUGAAGCCAAUACCCCGCCCGGCAAAGAUGUCAAAUUAGCUGAGGGUGUUAUUUUGGGACAAUCUGGCAAAGACGAUAAGGCCAAUGUUGCCUUGCGUCCGCGUUUCAAUCAAUAUCCUCAAAAUUUCAAACCAAGAUUUUAAAGGAUUUAAACAGUGUUGUAUUAGAUUUAAUUAUGGAACAUAUGUAUAACUGUUUUAGGCACAUACAGGUUGCAGGUGCUAGUAUUUAGUAGUCCUGUAAUAAUUUCGGUGUUUAUUUUAAAAUGCACAAAUUUAUUUAAAUAAAGCAUAACUCUUUAACUAUAUUC